AUGGAGCGGAGAGGGCGCUGGAUCCACAUGGUGAGCUUUGCACUGAGCGUGAGCACCGUUUGGACCCGACCGCUGGUUCAGGAGGCAGAGGACGUGCGCUAUGCUGAGGUGUAUUUAAGGAAGUUCUACCGUAUGCCAAUGAGUGGAGGUCCACGAAGCCCGAGGGACUUGAGCAGCCUGGAGAUGAAGUUGAGGGAGAUGCAGAACUUUUUUGGUCUGAAGGAGACUGGGCAACUCACCCCCGAGACACUCUUGGUCAUGAGGGAACCUCGGUGUGGGGUCCCUGACGUGGAGAACUUCAGCUUGUAUCCUGGUCGGCCUAAGUGGAAGAACCAUACAGCAACAUACAAGAUUGCAAAAUACACCACAGAUCUGCGUAGGGAGGAGGUGGAGCGUUCCAUACACGUGGCCCUGAACAUGUGGAGUGGUGCAGCAGACCUGGACUUCAUCAAAGUGGACCAUGGCGAAGCAGACAUCGUCAUCUCUUUUGAAACCAAAGGCAGGUUUGAGAACACUGAAUACACUUGAGCACGCAUUGAUAUCCUGACCAGAUAGUUCUCUGUGCUUUAGAAACCUCCAUCCUGCUUUGACACGGCCAUGAC